CAUUAGUGAGAAAUAUAAUAAAAGUGAUCAACAAUCACGGUAUUUGCAGAAACAAUACAAUGCACUUCAUCAAUAAAAGGUUUAUUUUUAAUUGAAUAAGGAUAUUAUAAUGAUUUUCCCAAAUAUCUGACUUUAUUAGAGUAAUGGUGACUGUGGUUUCAGUGUUUUUAAAAGCUCCUACGAGCUUAUCUGUGUAAACUGAUGCUAAUUUGACGUAAUUUCAAUUUGUGAAUAUAUACAUGAUGCCCACAUUGCCCAGCAGUUUUAUUACUGUUGCUGAUUUUGUUCAAGAGACCAGAGAUGACUACAAUUCGCCAAUUACUUCUACAUUUGUCUCUAAAAUGCAGCAAUGUAGAAAUACAAUUACAACAUUGGAAGAGACUUUGGAUUACGACAGAGAUGGGUUGACAAAAAUGAAAAAGGCCAUUAAGGCCAUCCAUACUUCAGGAAAUUGUCACGUCGAGAACGAGUCUUACCUAGUAAAGGCUUUAGAAAAAAUCGGCCAAAAUGCAACAUCCAAAGAACACGAAGAAAUCAUAGGAAACGCUUUUUUAAAGUUCGCCGUCGUAACUCAAGAACUAUCGGCCCUGAUGAAAACUCUCAUGCAAAAUUUAAGUAACAUAGUAAUGUUUCCGUUAGACAGCUUACUCAAAGGGGACCUAAGAGGAGUUAAGGGCGACUUGAAAAGACCUUUCGACAAAGCUUGGAAAGAUUACGAAAGUAAAUACGCGAAAAUCGAGAAGGAAAAGAAACAACAAGCUAAAGAUGCUGGUCUUAUCCGGUCUGAAGUUACCGCUCCUGAAAUUGCCGAUGAAAUGGAAAAAGAAAGAAGACUGUUUCAGUUACAAAUGUGUGAAUACUUAAUAAAAUAUAAUGAAAUUAAAACGAAAAAAGGAAUAGACCUUCUUCAAAGUUUAGUGGAAUAUUAUCAUGCUCAAACAAAUUACUUUCAAGAUGGACUGAAGACAAUAGAACAUUUCGGUAACUAUGUAGCAGAUUUAAGUAUUAGGUUACAAAAAAUCCGACAAGCUCAAGAUGAAGAAAAGAGAAAAUUAUGUGAUCUAAGGAACCUUAUAAAAUCGACGCCAAGCAUUGAAAAAGAGGUUGGUCCUCAAGUAGAUAAAGGUGCGUCAGGUUACUCUUUACACCAACUGCAAGGUGAUAAGCAUCAUGGUGUGACAAGAACGGGUCAUCUACUUAAAAAAUCCGAAGGUAAGAUGAGGCGAGUUUGGCAGAAAAGAAAAUGCAGGGUUCAAGCCGAAGGUUAUUUAGAUAUAUGUCAUGCCGAUGAAAGUAAACCUCCUACCCGGGUGAAUCUGCUGACCUGUCAAAUUAAAAUAGUCCCUGAUGAUAAAAGAGGUUUCGACUUAAUAUCUUAUAAUAGGACUUACCAUUUCCAAGCUGAGGAUGAGGCGGACCAGAGAGCGUGGAUGUCAGUAUUAGUAAAUUGCAAAGAAAUGGCACUAAUGAAAGCAUUUGAUGAUAGCACUAAGACUGGUAGUGAUAAAGUCAAUCAUAGUUUUAUGGAACUCCAACAAGCUAUUAUAAAGUAUAUACAGAAAAUACCUGGUAACGACAGAUGUUGUGAUUGCAAUUCUCAAAAUGAUGCAACGUGGUUAUCAACGAAUUUUGGAAUAAUAGUGUGUAUUGAAUGUUCUGGAAUUCACAGGGAUUUGGGAGUGCAUAUAAGUAGAAUACAAUCAUUAACUUUAGAUAAUGUUGGAACUAGUCAGUUAGUACUUGCAAGAUUCAUGACUAAUCACUUAUUUAAUGAUAUCAUGGAGGCUCAACUAUCACCCAAUGAGAAAUUAGACCCUUCAAGUACAAUGGAAGAAAGACUUAAUUUUAUUAGAGCUAAGUAUGUGGAUAAAAGAUUUGCUCUAAGAACGUGCGAAUCUGAACGUGAAAAAAUGUUUGAACUGGAAGGGGCUGUGAAUCAAGGAAAUUUACAACUUCUAUUGCAAACGUUUGCUGAAAACGUCGAUUUUGGUACACCAUUACCUUCCUCGAAAAUCGGCGAAACGGCCUUACAUAGGGCGAUAUUAAACGAAGCAGGACGCACAUUGCAUAUCGUAGAUUUUUUGAUUCAAAACAUGUCAAAUUCGGCGAUAGACAAGCCAACACAUCAGCCAAUUGUUCCUGAAAUGAGUGGCUGUAACACGGCUCUUCAUCUUUGUGCUUUGUACGAUAAAGUGGAAUGUAUGAAAUUGUUGUUAAGAAGCGGUGCAGAUGCUUCUUUAAGAAAUUCGCAGAACAAAACAGCUAUGGAUAUAGCCCAGGAAAUGGGAAAUAACACUUGUCAAGAAUUGUUACAAAAUGCGGAAAAUAGAUUGAAAAAUUUCUUUGACAAUAUAAACAUUGAUUGGAAUUUGCUACACGAUGAUGGGUCGACUGAUUUUUCAGAUGAUGAGACUAUUAUGGAAGAUAGGAACGGCUCGCUGACACCCGAGAAGAAAAAUCGUUCUAGGCCCCCGAGUUAUACAGGUGGGGACUCUCCUAUUAUCUUACGUUCACGAUCAUCUACUUGCGAUAGCUUACAGUUAGCAACUAGUAGUUUUGUCAGACAAAUGCCUCAUCCCUCAUCCACACAAACGAAAAAACCAGUUAUGAUUCAGAACAGCUUGAAAAAGCGGACGGCACCUUUACCACCUCCUAAUAGUUCUUUAAAUUAUGGUACUCUUCCCAGUAGUCAUAGUAGAACACCAUCUGAUCCUAUAGCUGCAGGAUAUCAUACUCUAAGUCACACCCACAAAAGGUCACCCAGCAGUGAUAGCAGUUCUGGCAGAUCUGUGAUACCGAUAGGAAACAAGCUAGUCAUGACAGAUAAAAAUUCUGAUAAAUUUGGUUCAGUAAGAAGGCCUCAAAAUCCUCCCCCACCUGCUCCUAACUCUUCAUCAAGUAGGUUGUCCAAUGGACGUUCUACAGAGAGCAUAUCUUCUAUGGUUUCAGAUGUAGAUGUAUCAGGAAUGAUGCACAACCCGGUACCCCCUCCUAGAAGAGCAUCUGAUUCACCGCCACACCGAAUAUCAUCUAGUCCGAUAUCAACCAGCUCCUUAUGCUCGCCUCGGUCAGUGCCUGGCGGUCGAUUGUCAUACGCAUCAAACGGCAACGCUGUAUUACGCAGAUGCAAAGCACUGUACGACUGCGCAGCUGAUAAUGACGACGAACUGUCAUUCCAAGAGGGCGAGAUCAUCAUCGUCAUCAAUGAGCACACCGACGACGAUAACUGGAUGGAAGGAAUGGUCGAAAAUGAGCCGGACAGGAUCGGCAUGUUCCCGAUCAGUUUUGUGCACAUGCUGCCUGAUUAAAUUAUAUAAUCUAUAUAAAAAUAUAAAACUAUUAAAAUAUAUUUUUGAUGUAAAAGAUAACGGUCUAGAGGGAGAGUUCUAUAUUCCGAAAUAUGGGUCAUCGUUUUUAAAAUGUAUUUUCCCUGAAAAUGUUGAAGAGUGCUUAGUUUAGAGAGAAUGUUGAUUGUUAAAACGUUUUAGAGUUGGGAAAAUGGAAGCGAUUUAUAGCGAAGACACCGAGCGAUGUUGCUGAACCAGAUAUUUAACCGAUUACAUGGAUUUAUCGUUGAAUUGAUGUUUUAUCUAGAUUUAGACACACUAAGUAACCAAAUACAGACAAAAUCGUUAAUAAUAGUAAUAAUAUUCUUAAAUUAAGUUACCAUAAAUAAUUAAUUAAAAGUAUUAAUCAUUAGAUUAUAAUUUGUUCAUAUAGGAUUUUAUACCUACAUUCUAUUUUAUUUAAUUGUAACCAGUAAUUGCAGAUUAGCUCGUAAAAGAAACUGACUAACUCAGUUAUACAAAAAAAAAUAAUUAUUGCAAAAUGGUUUAAUUGAUUGGUAAUUUUGAAUAAAAAUAUCUAAGCAAAACUACACAUACUUAUAAUUUAAUCCAUACUACAACGUUUCAAUUUGAAAUUUUGGAUUAGACAUAAGACGUAGGUAUAAAGUCAAACGAUGAACAUACUAUACAACAAAUCCUCCAUUUUAUUGGUACAACUUUCUCUCCAAAUUGUACACAGCAUUGCUUGAAAUGCACCAUUUAAUCGCUAUUUUUUGUGGUCUUCCAAUUUCAUUUUUCGCUGCCCUAUUGAUCUUUUUUUUUUUAGACUGUUUCAUGGGUUUAAGGUUUUUGAUGUUUUCUACCUAAUCUAAUUUUCUCAGCAUAAGGGCUCUUUUUAUUUGUAUGACUAUGAUUUUAUUUAUUUUAUCUUACUACCUCUUUUUGUAGCAUUAUUCGUAAUUUUUUGCUUAUUGCUGAUUUUUCUUUAGAGAUGCUUUCAGCAUCUCUUCUGUUAAAGUCAUCUAUAUCAUGAUAUCGGAUAUUCUUUUAAUUCUUUCGUAGAUGAGAACAUCAUUUUAAUUGUUUUCUAUUGUUAUAUAAUUUUGGGUAGAAUGUGUCACUUCCAAGUAUUGCUUACUUGCUUUCCUGCUACAGUAAUUAAAUAUAAAUGUUUAAACCAUAUCUAGUAAGUUUGGCUUUUGGAAAUGAUUUCCCAGAAUGUAAAUUAAAGUCCGCGCCGCUGUGAAGUUUGAUUUUGUUAAAUAACUCAAGAACAUUCAUCCUAUGACAAAUAGUGAGAAGUCAUUUUGUAGAAAUAGUUUUCUCAUUCAAAAUCUUUUUCUAAAAUGAAGACGCACGGCUUAAUCAGUUCCAAAAAUUAAAGGGCCUAAAAAGUUCUCACGUCUGGAGUAAUAGGUUGAAAAGUUACUUAAGUUAUUAAUCCAGGUUUUGUCUGUAUUUGGAAACGUCCAUAAUAUAAUUAAUUUCCGCCCGUAGACACCUGUGAUUGCUGUGUACUGGGUUUUCUUUAAAAAAUAGUUUGUCACUAUUAAUAUAAUAGCUGUUGAAUGUUUUUAAAAAUAUACCAGGUGUCAAAAUUGAAUAUGCGGUUCAGUUUUUUUUUAAAUCGAUCAUGGCCGUGGAAGUUUGACACAUUUCACUGUGUAUAACAUUAAUAUCUUUUUAAAAGUUAUGUGCUCUGACAUAUUUAUGAUUUUAGGCCUAGAGAAAUUUACAAUCUAUAUACAGGCGGCAAAAAUUUUCAAGGGGUUGUACCUUAGACUAUUCUAAGAAUAUUUUGUCCUUUAAUGAUUUUUGAAAAUCCGUUUUGUUAAGGAGAUACAGGACGAACAAAAUUUUAAACAAUAACAUCAUUUUAUUACCAAAGAAUACAUGUAAAUGUUACUUAAUCUACAAGAACUACCACAUGAUCAAUCACUAGACGAAUUCAAAUGAAAUUCAGAUUUAAUCUGUAUUUCUCUACGAUGUCUGAACUUUUGCCUGUUUUAAGUGGAAAAAAUAACCGUUUUUAGUAAUUGGAAUGUUGUUAAAAAAUAAUAAAAAUAACGAAUUUUUAAAAAAGUUGUAUGUUCUUGGUUAACACAGUGUAGUACCUAUUUUUAUUUAGACUAUUAAUAAGUCUCGAAAUUGUUGUGCGACCUGUAUCUCCUAAUCGAAACGGAAUUUUAAAAAUCAUCAAAGUACAAAAUAUUCUUAAAAUAGUCGAAGAAACAACCCCUUGAAUUUUUGCCGUAUGUUUAAAAAACACCCUGUAUAAACAUAAGGCUACAAUGGCAUUAAACAAAAGGUAUCGGCCUUUGUUAUCAGUACAAUGUCCAUGUAUGCCACAGUGUGACAAUCCUUGGAUACCUUUAUUCUUAAUACUCUGUCAUAGAGGACGUUCCACAGGGUUUACCCAGUCAUCUCAAAAUUAAGUUUUUCUUUCUCAAAGGACCUAUUAUUGUUUAUUAUGUAUUGACUGAUAUCAAAUUCAUUGAGAGCUUUCAUAAUUUUGCUUCAGACUUGGUAUUGAAAGCAUUUCUGACACUUCUGAAACCAAAAUGAUCCGAGAUUUCUCUUUUUUUUAAUGAGAUACUCAAAAAGUUUAUCAAGAACGUCUAGAAAGCAAGUAGAUUUAAAAGUAUCAUGUCUUGGGUUGCUUUCUUCCAUACCUCCGAGAAUUGCUGGUUGCCUUACUGGUUAUUAAAAAGACAGUGUAUGAGAAGUAGCAUAAAACAUCAUUUUGGUAUUUAGUUUAACAAUUAGUUUUAAUAUACAGAGUGUGUGUUGUUUGACUUUCGUUGUCAGUCCCGUUUUAAAAAUAAAAUGAACAGCAUAUAUAUUUUUAGUCUAAACUAAUCUAAGUAUUUGCAAAAAAAAUGUGCUGGUGUGUCUUCUAAAAAAAAGUUCUAUAGUACAUAUAAAAAAAUAAUUAUAGAAGAUUGUAAUAUCGAUAUAUGGAGUAACUGAAUGUACCCUAACCUUAUGAAUUCUGCCUAAUUUGUGAAAAUAGCAUUUUUAAACUAUAAAAUGCCUAAUUAAAAACCUUUAUGAAAACUUUACCAAAUAAUACCAAGAAUUAAUGUUGUAAAAUCUAUUUAAUUAAUUUUAUUUGUAAAUAACUGUAUAUUUCCUUUAUCGUGUAUAUUUUGAUUACCAAUAUGCCAUAAAAUUUUCAUAUUACAGGGUUCCAUAUAAAAAUUCUGCAAUCCACCCUAUAAAAUAAUUUUAUGUUUUACCCUGUACUUACAUUUUUUUAGCAUUAAAAUUGGUCUGCCAUAAUUUAUCCUUCUACCUUAUUAAUACUAUAUGCUUUGUAUAUAUUUUCGAAAGGCGGUUUCAAUUUUGAAAAAAAUCAAUUUGAACUUUUAUUUUUUUAAGAUUCAAUUUCCAGAUGUACAAUUUCAUGUUGAUUAUUUUUUAAUUUGUUGAUAAAGAUAGGGGUGUAUGGUUUUUAAAUUUAUCGAUUUUAACCUGUGAAGGAUGAAGGUUUUUUAUUUUGAAAGGACUUCAUGAAAAGUAAUAAAAAAUAGGCGACCCUGGACAUAGUAGACACACAGUUAAAUCUCCAUCCUGGAUGUUUUUUCAAAAACACAGAACUAUAUUUGCAUUUGUAUUUUCAUUUGUUCAAGUGUUUAUUUUAAUAAAAUAUGAAACGAAAAUAUUGUUAAAUAAUAUAAAAUUCAGUAAUCAUUUGUUGUUUCUUCUUUUUUAAACUAAGUAUAUUUUGCAUUUGUUUUCAAGAAAUUCAGACAAAUUGGUUAAUUUAAUGUCGCGCACGCGCAAUACACUUUCCACUUUUAAAAAUUAUGUUUGGACUAAUCAACUUUUCAGAUUAGUCCUUUGGACUUUUCCAAGCGACACAUCACUAAUUUUUAAUGUGAAUACUGUAUGACAGAUGUGAUUAAAGAACUAUUGAAAAAUAAGUUUUAAUGCUCUGAAAUGUUACAGGUAUAGUUAAAUAAAUUACCGUUUGGGCUAAAUCCCUGAUUGAUUGUCGGAAAGUUUCUUUUUCGAAUCGAUUUUCAAGGGAAAUUAUAAGUGAAUCAAAAUGGGGCAAUUUUAAUGAAAUUUACAAAUAUCAACCUAUUUUGAGCGGUCCCCAUUCCCUUAAUUGUCACGCUAUCAACUUAAAUAAAAAAAAAACUAUUGUAAAGUGUAUUUAUUCAGGUAUAAUGCGGUUUUUUUAAAUUUCAAUACGGCCAUCCAUUCGGCCCAUAACGCUCGCGAAAUGAAAGCAGUGCAAAAGGGAGCAUGACCUUCAACGGCGAGACAUGCCUCUCUUCAAAACGAUCUAGUCUAUAGAGUAAAUACUAGGAUAGUACUCUUUUUUUGUCACAAAUAUUUUCUAGAUGAAGAUACAACUUAUUAAAAUGCCAGUCCUUCAUGGGUUAAAUACGUCGAGUUGUGAAAAUAAAUUUAAAAAUUGAUUAUACGCUCCUAUUAUUCAUGAUUUUCCGGUAUAUGUUUGGAGUAGGUUUUUUUGGAUUAUGACAACAAAAUUAUUAAGAUUGCUCCGAAUUUGCAUCUGGUUUUAAAUCUAUAAUUUGUCUUCUAAACACAGUGUGAUCGCAGUUUAUAUAUUAUUGUCCCCCCCUAGUUUACACUCGUUUUUUUAAUAUUGAAAGCAUGUUUGUGUAUGUUUUUUGUGAAAAAAAAAAUGCUAUGAUGUUAAAUGUUAUAGAAAACCAAAGAAAUCUAUCUUCCUAUAGAUAUUACCUAUAAAUAAAUAGGAAAUUUUGCCAGUGUAUAUAAUAAGUUUUAUUUUUUUUAUUUUAUCGCAAAUUCCCUUUGUAUUUACACCCCUUAGAUAUUUUUAUUUGGUAAUAAUUAUCUAAUUUUUUAAUAAUAUUCAUACAUAUUUGUUUUCUUAGAAGUACAACUUAAAAAUGUUGCUAAACUACAACUAAAUGUAUAAUUGACAUUUGUUUGUAAUGAUGUAAUAACGUCAAUUGAUGUCAUUUCCAGAUCUUCAACAAACAAUUCUAUUACCCUUACAUUAGUUUGUGGAUUGUUAAUUAUUAAUUAUAAAUCUUUAUUUCAUUAGUAACUUUGUUUGCAUUUUUGAAACUAAUAUGUCAAAGCUUAAUAUUUUGUAGUAUCCCAUAUAGUCCAGUGUGUGAAGGUAGAAAUAAUUAAUAACAAUUUUUAUUGAUUACAAAAUAUAUUUAUUGUGAAUAAAUUAAACAAUAUAUCUUAGACAUGAAGAGUCACUAUCGCUGUCUUCUAGGGUUGGGUCUUCCACAAAUAAUGGCGUUAUUUUAAUAAUUUAAUUGGUACAUAUUUUUCUACUAAACCUUUAAAAUCUAACCUUUUUUGGAUUCGUAUCUAACGGUUUAAAUAUUUAAAAUGUUUCGAAACGUUCAAAUGACCUGUCACAUGGUAAAAAUAGUAUGUCGUGGUUCCAGAUACUGAUGACAUUGACUUAUUUUUGUAUUUGUUUAUUUGAUUAAUGUUUCAUUUUUCUUGUCUGAAAACAGGAAUAGCGUCUUUACUGACAGAGGAAAAUAGGCCUGUAUAUAAUGAUGUAAGAAGCUUGUAACUUCAUUAUUCAUAUCCCACUACACUCGUACCAUUCAGUACAAGAUUCAGGCAACUCCGAAAUUUUCACUGAAAAUCCAGAUUGUUUUUUAUCGAUAACUUCCUUAAUUUUAAAGAUAUCAAAUUGCUCAAAAACCCAUUUUGAAGCGAAUUUCAAGGGUUACAAGGCUUCUAACUAAAGUUGAAGUCGCUUGUACGUUUGAGUAAAAAAAAACCACCAUGUCUUAAUGUGUUGUUUUGCGUAUCUCCUUUAGUUUUUGGGGUAUUGUGAAAAAUAGAAGAUUUUUUCAAAAUUUACAAAAAUAUUUUAAAAAUCGAAUCAUCUUGUUUCCAAUAUAAACGGUUUAGUGCUUAAAUAAAGUUCAAGAAGGAGAAGCUGAUUUUAAAAGUCUUUUCAAGCACUUUAAAAAGUUUAAGUUAAAAAUACAGUUUUUUAAAAACAGUCGCCUUCAACUCGCUUCCUAUUCUACAUAAAUGAAAAAAUACAAAUCGAUUCGUUUUUUAAAAGCUUAUUUGCCAUUCUUACGAUUUUUUUUUAAACGUAAAGUUUUUGAGAUAUUCGCUCCAAAACUUGCAUUUUUAAUGAAAAACCACUCUAAAACUUCUAUUUUUAAUGAAAAAUCAACAUUUUUAAUCGCCAAUAACUCGAAAAAACUGAAUAGAACAUUUGCAUUUUUUUUUGUUUAGUUUAAUAAUGCCCACCCCACCCCCACUGUGAAAACGCACAUCGGCCCUAUAUAACUGUUCUUCCUUGAGUCAUUCCUUACUUAGUGUUCAAAUUUCACAUCAGUCCGUUUAGUCCGAAAGAAUUCGUAUCCAAAAACUGUCAAACACUGGACUAUUAUCAUGUUAAGUCUAAUUAUAUAUAAUUGUGACGUUUAAAUUAAAUAGUUUUUUAAAUGGAAUUAGGUAUGCCAUAUUAACAAAUGAAUAGUCAGUUCUACAUGAAAAUGUUUUAAUAAUCAGUUUCAACAUUGUAAUUAUUAAUAUUUUUUUUUUAUUUACAAUACGCUGCCGUAGUGAUGACGUAAUUUUUGUUGAGUGCGUUUUGUUUUUGACUAAAAUUCAUAAUUACGUCUAUGUGAUCUUAAAACAAAUAAAUUAAGUGGAUAACAUCAAUCAAUUCUGAUUUUAAUGAUAGAAUGCUCUGAUUUUGGUUGGUACACAAACUACGUCUUACUAAUGCAGCGUAUGAAACUUAUACGUAAAGUAAAGCCACCUCCAAACCAAGAAUUUAAAUAAAUGACAUUUAAUUUAAGUAGUCAAACUAAGUCGAUAAAUAAUUAUUUAUAUUAAAUAUACCAAAUUACUAAAAAAAACGGUAAUAAAAUUUAACUAUAAUAGUAUAAUUUAAAACUACAUAGACAAAGCUUAUUCAAAUAAUUUGUCGAUUUCAGUUGGUAUUUGAAAUAAGAUUUAAAUUUAUACAAUAUAUCAUUAUGGUCUGGAAACGCUUUGAGCCCUAGGUAGAUCAGAGGUUAACAUAUACCUUUUUAAACUUUAAUUGAAAUUGCUUUUAUACGAUUGUAGCCAGAUUUUGCAGUCCACAGAAUUGCGAUCACAUCCUGGUAAACAGAGGUCUACUGUAAAAAAUAUAUACUCUUACUCAUACUCUUUAAUUUUGUUAUCAAACGGUUUUAAUCCAUAGUCUCAAAUGUUUUUUGGAGAUCAAUAAAAAUGGCCAACGUAAGAGAAUUUUUAUCAAAUUUAUAUUUACAGUCAUAUUAAACAGGCUGAAUAGCUGAUUCGUAGUUAUGCUUGCUUCUGAAGCCCGAUUGUAUUCUAGUGAUAAGUUGAAUAUGUUCUUUAAAAUUAAAAAUUUGUUCAUAAAGGACCUUCUCAAUGUCUUAGGAACAGGUACUACCGUAGCAAUUUUUAAAGCAUUAGGUAUUUUUAAUAUUUCUAAGGAUUGAUUUAUCAAAUUUGAAAGUGGAAAAUAGUUUUUUAAAAUAUCUGUGCUACUUAUAUUUUUUAUUACAAAAUGGAUAUCUCUUAAAUAAUCCAUUGUCUGUCUAAAUUUGAUAAUCUGGUAUUGUAUCAUAUUAGACAACAAACUUCUCUGGAACACACAUGAGAAGGAAGUAGUAAAUAAGGCGACAAAAACCCUAAUGGUAUGCAGAAACAUUGCGGGUAAACGAUGGGGAUGUAACCCAAACAUACUGCGAUUGGAUACUCUAUAUUUGGAAUUUUCCCCACUUUCCCUAUUUCUCUGGAUUUACUUUUUUUGCACCAUUUACAUUAUUGGGGUCCUAUUCAUAUGUAUUUUAUAUUCAUUCCAUUUAUUUUAUUUAUUUUUUGUUAAUAUUUUUUAUAUACAAGAUACUUGUACCUUGUAGCAGCUUUUACAUUUUAUUAAAUCAAAAUUCAAGUCCUUACUUCGGCUUCCAAUUUCAAAAGCGGAUAGGUCAUCAUUAUUUAUUGAAUAAUACAUUUGUUAAAAGCAUAAAAUGAUAUGAAAUAACCUGCUAACCUCAACUGAGACUGAAUCGUUAUUUGUUACAACUAAAUCUAUGUACCUCCAUAAUUUCUAUUUGCUCUUGUACAUUCCGCAACAAUAUUUUUUACUUCAGAAUUAUCAGGUACAUUUUCUACAAAUCAAGUGCUAAAACAAUCUAAAAAAAUGUAUAUUCGUGUCAACGUUCAAUUUUAUAUUUCAAAAUAAAAUAUUGUUUUAGUUUUACAAACUAAUUUUUAAUACUCAUUCUUAUUGUUGAAAAAUCAGAAAUUUGUGUAUCAGUGAUUGUACAUAUUCUAACAAAUAUUUCUAUUUUGUUUGAUACGGUAAACAUUUUUGGUUUAGUAAGUUUGUAGUGAUAUUUCGAUUACAUUCUUACAGUCUUAUGAACGUAUCACUAGUCAAAAAUCUAAAUAGAACGUAGUUUGACUGAUCCGAACUUGGUAUAUUUAUUUUCUACUCCCACAAUGACGACUUUUCAUGAUAAUGUCCAAUAGCAAACAAUUCCACAUUUUUAAAAUAUUUUUAUGGCCUAUCGAGACAUAUUAAUGACUAGACUGUUGACAGGUCCAUAAAAAUGUAGCCAGGAUGUGGUCGAGUCAACCGCGAGUUGCAGUUUACUUUGACUACAAAUUUGUGAUCUCAACUUUAAAAUGUGGCUCGUGUACUACCUCUUUUUAAUUUGAUAUUGGGCUACAGGCUACCAGGCCUUAAAAGUUUAUACAAUUAUUUUGAAUAAUUAAAAACAUAAAAAAGUGGAAAUACGAGGUUUGUAAAGUCUGUAAAAGGUAUCUGUAUUUAUUUUCAACAUUUCAGUUAUUGUAUAGAAUAGGGUGGUGGAAGAAAAGUCUUUUAUUUCUCACAGAGUGGUCAGUGUAUUGUAAAUUAAAAAAAAAGUCUUCCACCAACCUAUUCCUUCCUAUACCUAUAGCUCACAGAUGGUUACCCUCACCUCUGAUAUUGUUAGAAGGGUUUGGAUAAUGUUAAUUCUAAAUCUAGGUUUCAAGCGUCCAUCGCCUUCAUUUUAUAAUGGAUUAAUCGAUAUCCCCGUAUUCCCUAAGUAAAUCUUCGAUCCUGCUUUAUUUGUAUUGGAGUGCAUAGUAAAUGGCUCUUGCAUAUCAGGGUAAAAAGCGUCACAGUAUCGUCAGUCACAUGCCGCCAUCGUUACUGACCUGUAACUGGCCACUACCACUUUUUUUCGUCUCCGGCACAUGUGAACGUAAUUUACUAUUCACUCCCUACCUUGCCAGCACUGUAUAAACUCAAUUAUUUUUUCCUGAAGACAAUCGAAGAUAACACUAAUUGGAAAACUAGAUUUAGAAUGAGCGUGACAAAAAAAAAACAUUUCUAAGUAUUGUAAUAUUUUAAUUAUAUCAAUGUUUUGUUAAUAAGACACUAUUUGCAAUAAGUGUCUAAUUUAUUUAUUAAUUUUCCAGUAUUAUUAGAGCACAAACAUGCUACUGAAGACAAAAAUAUGGCUUUUGAUGUACGUAAUUUUCUGUAAUUAUUAUAGACAGUUUAUUGUAGAUAUCGUCAAGUGAAACAGUUUUAUUAAAUACUCAG